CAUACUUUUCACUACAGUUUCGUCAAGCUUCUCCCUUUCAAUGUCUGUUCUUCAUCAAUCAUUUUUUGUUGUUAUCAUCGUCUUUCUCUAGCCCUUUUCUUUAGUAUCUAUCUUUUGCAAAGACCAAUCAAUCUUGAGGAUGGCCAUGAGAGAGCAAGCCUUGGAGGGUGUUCAAAAUGAUGAGUUUGUAGAAACCCUAUCCCAGGUUAUCGAGGAGCAAACAACAUGGGAUGAGAUGUACGAUGAUUUUAUGGCAGACCUAUGCAAUGAGAAUGAUAUUUUGCCACUAACAGAUGAGACUUUCGAAAGCCUUUUUCAAAUCGAUGACCCGAUUCUUUCAGACUAUUUUUCCUCGGAAGUCCUCGAAGAAGUGGCUACAGAUACUACUCCAGCACAUAAUGUUUCAAAAGCCACAUCUUCAAUGAUUCAAUUGACCCCAAAUUCAUCUGAGAGAGCUAACAUUUCAAUUUCACCAUCUGAUCAUACAUCUGAGAGAACUUCAAAAGUGCUACCACAGGAACUAGGAGGCAACCCUAACCCUAUUCUCACCACCAGAAAUUGUUCAAAUUCAACUCUGUUAUUGCCUCAAAACAAUCCAAACUCCUGGGUUGCAAAAUCAGAUUCAUGGAAUCAUCCAAGUGCAAGACUGGGAACCAUGGAUCCUCCAGGAAUUAAUGCUUCAUUUCGUAAUCCCAUGUUCCCUAGGCCUAAUAUAACAGGAAGCUCAAUCACUCGAUUUCAAUCACCAACAUUCCCUGUGCUUCCUUAUGCUGGUAGCAGCAGCAAUAUUCAUCAACAACGUCCAAGGUCCCUUCCGUUACAAAUGACUGGGAUGAAUGCACCAGCUGCUGCUUCUGCAAUGGUGCAUCGAUUUAACAACCAUGGACUUUUCUGGCCUCGCCCACCAUCUCUCAGCGAUUUUGAUACCAUGGUUUGUGCAUGGAAGGGAUGUUUGGUUGGAAAAGUUUUCUCGUAUCGCGAAUCCCUUAAUGCUGCAAAGGCAGUGAGGAAACCAACAUCUUCUGUCACGCUUGCUGCUGAUUGGUCGAGUAGGCUUCAGAUCGUGCACUUCUUACCCAUAAGGAUUGUCAACUAUACAAUGAAGUAA